CAGGCGCUAGAGAUAGAGAUGGAGAUGGAGAUGGAGAUCCACCGCAAGUAACCCACCCACCCAUGGAGAACAAGGAAUACCCUCCUCCCCUCCCCACCUUCUUCCGCUCCGCCCUCCUCCUCCUCCUCGUCGGCGCCAACCACACCGCCGCCCGCUUCUGCUCCCGCUAGUCCCUCCCUUCAAUUCGCCGCCAGAUCCACACCCAUGGACCCCUCCAGGUGCUCCUGCUCCGCCCGGGCCCUCCUCAACCGCGCGCUCCUCCUCGCCGUCGCCGCGCUCGCCCUCCGCCUCCUCUACGGGGCCUUCCUCGCCGUCUCCGCCGGCGCCAACGCCUGGUCACUCUACCCGGCCACCGCCGUUGCUGCCACCGCCGCCAGGAGGACGGCCGACGUCCCGUCCCCGGAGGCCUGGCGCACCCGCCAAUGGCGCAGGGCCGUCGAAUACCACGCCGCCCUGCUCGCCGACCACCUCGCCCAGGGCAUCCUUGCGCCGGCCUCCCGCGCCGUCUGCCUCGGCGGCGCGCAGGAGGCGCUCGCCAUGCGGGAGCUCGGGGUCGCCGCCGCCGUCGCCGUCCACAAGAAGCGCUCUCCGCCGCUCGUCGUCGCCGGUCACGACACCCGCCUGCCCUUCAACACCAACUCCGUCGACUUCGUCUUCGCCGGCCGCGCUCUCGACACCGCCAAGCGCCCGGCCGACCUCGCCACCGAGGCCGCGCGGAUCUUAAAGCCACAGGCCCAUCUCGUCCUGCUCACGUCAAGCGCCACCGACGCCUACAGCCUCCGCUCGCUUCAGGCGCUGCUGCCGGCCCUCCGCCUGCUCCGCUCUCGCCAGAUCAACGCCCAGGACGACGCCUCCACCCUCCGGGAACUAGUCUUCCAGAAGAUCACAAGCUCCUCCACAGGAGGCACCUCAGGUAACAACAACUGCUCAAUUGGGGAUCACAAGCUCCAGCUCCUCAAGCACGCCGAGCCACUCAUCCAGGAAGAACCCCUCAAGCCAUGGAUCACGCUCAAGAGGAACAUCAACAACAUCAGGUACCUCCCGGCACUCGCUGAUAUCAGCUUCAAGCGCCGCUACGUGUACAUCGAUGUUGGCGCCCGCAGCUACGGCUCCAGUAUAGGCGGCUGGUUCCGCAAGCACUACCCUAAGCAGAACCACACCUUCCAGGUGUACGCCAUUGAGGCCGACCCCGCCUUCCACUCUGAGUAUGCCGCGAAGAAGGGUGUCACGUUGCUUCCAUAUGCAGCCUGGGUCAAGAACGACACGCUCAAGUUUGAGAUCAAUGGUGACCCUGGAAAGGAGGAUGAGGCUAAGGCCAAUGGCCGGGGCAUGGGGCGCAUCCGCCCUGCAGCAGGGAACAGGAUGUCCGGUGAGGUCAGGAGUGUCCCAGCGUUUGAUUUCGCCGAGUGGCUGAAGCAGACGGUAACGGAGGAGGACUAUGUGGUGAUGAAGAUGGAUGUGGAGGGUACAGAGUUUGAUUUGAUACCAAGGCUGUUUGAUACAGGCGCCAUCUGCUUGGUCGAUGAGCUGUUCCUGGAGUGCCAUUACAACCGCUGGCAGAAGUGCUGCCCUGGUGAGCGGUCGCCCAAGUAUGAGAACACGUACGAGGAGUGCUUGGACCUUUUCAGUUCACUGCGGGAGAGCGGCGUUCUUGUGCACCAGUGGUGGUAAAGGCUUCACUGGUAAUCUGGCAUAUGGUUUUCUGGAUUGUUUCAUUGCAGAUAGAGCUGAACUACAAAGAGUUACAGAUGUUUUUUUUUUCUUUUUUUGACUAGGUAAUUUAUUUCCACACUGUAUUCAUUUCUCCUGUAAACAUGGCAAUUCACAAAUUGAAUUGUUUUAUGCUGCUAGGAUCUGUAGUUUAAAGGAGUCUGGUGAAGGGAAAGAAAUGUACUUAUACUGGUAUUAAAACUUGCUGUGGAUUGCAAUCGCCAUUGUUGAGCAAACGAUUGAAAUGAUCAAUGGACAUUUUAUUCUUGCAA